CCGCGUUGCGUGAGUGUCUGUCACAGCGCGCUCGCGCGCCGUCCCGUGACGACGAGCAGCGCAUCGUGCACAACUGCGACGACGACGACGCCAUGUCGCGCGAAGUGGAGCUGGAACGGCCGGCCCGAAUCGAGCAGCAGCGAGAACGCGUGCUGCAGAAACCUGCAGCACCGUCCGGUGGUGCCCAAGCAGGUGACGGCGAGGUGGUCCUGGAGAAGGAGGAGCAGUGCGUCUGUCAGAUCUGCACGUGCGGGAAACACCGCUGUCGUUCUGCAUCAAUCGGCUCCUUCGCAAACGAUGCACAGGAAACACUACAACAAAGAGCACGCACAAGCUGUGAAAAAGAAGCCGGCAGGAGGCAGUGGGAAGUGUCACCCGACAGAGUACGUCAGAUUUCGAAAUCAUAUCGCAGCAUCGAGCGUCAAGAUGACGCGAGCGAAACGACGACCGUCUCCGAGCAGAGGAUGUCGAGGCAGGAGCGUGCCUCCCAAAGCAAGGUCCUCCAUUCGGACGCGAUCGCGACGGGGGAGAGGGCUUUCGGUCACGAAGGCAGAGCCCGGACUGGCGGAGGGGUCGUGAACGGGCUUUCGUACGAACAAGCAAUCACGAGCGAAGACGCCGCGGCCGAACAUCUCGUUCAAAGUUCCGACUUCGCAACUCACGAAGCGGGGGAGAUCGCGAAAUUGGAGACACGCCACUGCCACCACACCCAUCAUCACCACGACCACCACCACCAACACCACGUGCACAGCUCAUCGGGGAGGGCAGACGGCGGCGGUCAGGCCCAAGGCAGGGUAUCGUCGCUGUACCGUCCAAAGACGUCGCUCAGGCUCGAGGGUCCGGUCGAAUACACUACCACCAGUUCCGACUACUUCUCGACGAUCGACCAGGACCUAGUCGCAAGAGCAGAACGGUAUCGCUUGGAGCGGCGGGAUGCUGCUGCUGCCACUGCUGCAGCAGCUGCUGGUGCUAGUGGCGCAGCGGCCGCUGCUACUAUUGAUGCAGCGGAUGCCGCAACUACUGCUGCAACAGCAGGUGCUACUACUGGUGCAGCAGCUGCUGCUGCUGCUACCACUGCUGCUACUGCCACAUAUGGUGCGCGGCACUACCCGCUGACUCGGCCGCAGACCAGCUUGAGAACCGGUGGCAAGACACACUAUUCUACAACCACUGCCGAAGACUUCAAGGUACGGGAACAAACUGAGAAGGUCACGAGGAGGCUGAGGCCCCGAAAGUUCGACGAUCCGUCUUACGGCAGCAUGCACACGGACGUCGAAACCGACGUGAAGAAGAGGCGUACCGAAAUAGAAGCUGAAGAUCGAGCAUCAUCGGAUGGUAUCCAAGAGGAAGUAGAAAGAAAAAACAUGGAGGAAGUAGUUCACGACCGCCAGUUCCGGGAAGACAGAGAAAGAGCAGCCGCGCAAGGAGUAUAUCGCGCCCACCAAUUCAGAGAGGAAGAAGCAAUUUCGACGGAAGCGCAAGCGCUGGAAGAAUCGUACCUCGAAGCACGUCAUGAUCAUCGAGCAACACCAACAUAUGACGAAGCGCGUGACGUGCACGAGGUGCCUCAUCCUCAAAAGUCGGGAAGAUCACGGCCAGUCGACCGGUCAUUAAGAACUGCGAACGUGGAGGCAUGCUACCAUCCCGAAAUGUGUGUCCCGUUCUACCCCAAAGACAACCUCGCAGUGUCGUCAGGUGAGAUGGAUCUGCGCACGACGAACGAUAUAGAUUUCUGCAAGAAAAAGAUGGACCGAGUCAGGCCCGUCAAGCCCAAGUCUCUAUCAAAGUUGUUUGGCAGCAACGGAAGUUCAUCUGAAGGGGAUCUCCAAGCGAUGGCCUCACGCCGACGCAAGGAACAGGGCUUUGAAAGGAGCUCGAUAAUGAAUCAGUAUGAUGGGGUUGAAUGCUUACAGGCAGCAGGGCUUAGCUCCACUUACGAUGACUCAAAAUGCACCUGGGUGCUAACAAUGUACUCAUAAAGCGAAAAGGCCAAAGAAAAGCCCACUUUGAAGACGAUAGUGUAAAGUGGGAAGGGGCUGGCUCGUACUCAACCACGGCUAAAGACUCGUACAAGAAGCCCGAAAGUACGCAUGCGAGGGUCGCCCUGUGUAGGAGGCCGCAAAGCCACGAUGUCUUCCACAGAUUCACGCAGACAGGAGAUGAGCUGCGAAGAAUUAAGGGCAAAAAAAAAGACACCGAUGAGAUUACCAUGUUUGGCCGAAAGGAUUCCGCAGAGCUGAUUGCAGAAAU